AUGUCUACUGCGCGGGGCUUCAUCGACGCGACAAUCGACCGCCUAAUAGGAUGUAGUCCAGACCUCCCUCCAGAAACAUGCAACUUCGAAAAAUCCGAGUUGACAAUUCCUCGUCCUAAUGAUGGCCCAACGCCUGCCGCUGAUCUCCAUCAACCCAUCGACCGCGAGCCAUCAGGUACCGUACUCGUUCGCAGUCCGUACGGCCGUGGCAUCAUGAUGACCAUGGGUUCUGCGCACAUCUUCGCCUCUCGGAGCUACCAGGUUCUUUUCGUCAGCAGUCGGGGGACAUUCGGAUCCACGGGCAGAUUUGAUAGAGGAUUCUUCGAAGCUGAAGCUGGACAAGGCGUUAUUAACUGGAUACGCCAGCAGAGUUGGUAUACAGGCUCCUUUAUCACGCUGGCACUAAAUCCGGGAAAAAGUCUUCGGUCAAUAAUCGAUGCUCUUCCGUUGACCCAAGGCGUCGACUCUCACAUCUCUGGCGCUCGAUCCGCGCCUUGGCUAACGCACGCCAUUCGCCAUCCCGACCGAAAGGACCCCAGCUGGUCCCCGUUGCAGCACGGUCAGGCUCUUGACGGAGUAAUAACCCCUUUACUACUCAUAAACGGAUGGCAGGACAUAUUUCUCGAACAAACAAUAGAGCAGUAUGAGAAACUUACUGCAAGAGGAUAUCACGCGAGGCUUAUAAUUGGCCCUUGGACGCAUUUGCAACCACAGAAUAAGACGAUAACGAGGCCCAUGCUAGAAUGGCUGCACAGAAAUCUUGCCCGCCGUACAGACAUUCAAACAGGACCGGCUGUUCAGGUCUACAUCAUGGGGAUGCAAUCUGCACAGUAG